AUGUCAUUUCGAGGAAUAUUUAAACGAAAGAACUCUACAGACGAGUCUGUGAGAAAAAUAUCAUCAGAUGAAAGCUGCAGUCCACCAGUUGGUGGAGGCAGUAGCCAAGCUGACCCUUCUCUUUCAUUACACAGGUGUGCAAGCCAGGAAACUGGAGACCCUGACCAGUAUUCAAAUGGUUUAGAAACCGCCGAAGUUGAUGAUACCUUCUCACAUUUCCAGUUCAGAUCUCGAUCACCGCGGACUCCCUUGUCAAAUUGCAGCUCCCAGAGUUCCCUCUAUUGCAGUCUCAGUCAGGACGACAGCGAUUGUACCCCAGUUGCCUUCCAGCUUGAUGGUCAUCAUUCGAGGGGCCCAUCUGGACGCUUCAGGAAGCGUACCGCUGUGACCUCGGGCGAGCGAUCAUCAGGUGACUCAUUUUCAGAAUAUGACAUGAACUCUGCAGAUCUCCGCAACUCAGAUGACACGCUGACACCAAGAUCCCUCUCGCCCAAUGCAGCUGACUCGAGUAUGGACAUGGAUCGAACCCUGCUCGCAAGCCCUACAGGUGGCAAUAGGCUGUCUCCUCCUGUUUAUCAAAAACUAACCACCAGCCCCUUGAGUGCCAGGAGAAGGAGGUCAAAAGAGGAGGAUAUGUCCCAGAAAACAUCCAACAGCAGUGAGAGUCCCUUGACCACAUCAAGCCGAAGUGUGGAGAUGGUGUCCAGAAACAGUAAUGAUUCUGGUAUUCAGAACGAUGGAAAUGUGAAUUCAAGUGCCGAAUCCAUCCAGACUACGGUAAAACUGCGAAAGUCUAAAUCGCCGUCUCCAACUACGGACCGGCCCAAGUCGGACACCACAGUUCGGUGGGCAGACUUGCUGGAAGAGGUCAUGGAGUCCGGAGUUGUGCGCUACCGUCACGAUGCCGCCAAGUUGCGGAAACAGCCUCGGCCUCGAUCUGACAUAGGUGAGCUUUGUGUGAGCGA